AUGCAGCAAUCUGGACAGCAUGCGAACCUAGCAUGGGGGUUUAAAAGCGAGGCGGAUGACCUCCGAAAUUUCUCAAAGCUUGAUGAAGCGCCAAAUGAGACUCACAAUUCCUGGGGACACAAUGUUCAGGUGCAGGGGGGAAGGUUUGGGCGACCUGGUGCAGACGACGACGUCAGUCUUGCAGAGAUGCAAGUGUCGCCCAAGAGAAUCAAGGUCAAGACAGAAGUUAUCUUGAUUAGCACAGAAAGGUUAGAGUACCGAGACCAGUUGUUCUAG